AAAAAAAAAGUAUAAAUAGCGAUGAAGACUUUGGUUUCUCCGUCUUUCCUGGAGAAAACCCAAUGCAUGUUGUUUACCAACGUAACAACCUUUACGGCUUUACCAAUCACACUCUUUUUAGUUUAAUUAUUACCACACUCAAAUUUGUAAACGAGUUUAAUUAAUUAAUCAAUUGACUACCAUAACAAUUAUCAGUUAUGUUCAUUACCCUUUUAUUCACUAAUUCCCUAUUUUCAUUUUCAUUUUCAUUUGAGUUCUUCAAUGGCAAUUCAUGCUUACAUUUCUGUUCCCUCUGAUCCCUUUUCUUCAAAGCUUCUAGGGUUAUCCUCUUCCUCCAGUUACUAUUCCAUUCAACCAUCAAGGAUCUGUAGUCCUGUGCAAAUCACACCGAAAUUUGAGCAAACGCAUUUGAAUGCAUUAAGGAGAAGUCAGUGUUUCACUUUGAAGGCUUCAAUGGGAUCUCCGGAAUUUACCAAACAACUUAUUAACAGCAAGCCAGAGACAUUUGCUGAAAUUAAAGACAAAAGUGAUAUUUUUGAUGAUCUGAAGGAUAGAUUUUUAAGUUUUAAGAAUAAUAUAUACAUGAAAAAUACUGAACGAUUUGAAUAUCUCGCCAAGACUCAAGCACCAAAGUUCAUGGUUAUUGCUUGUGCAGAUUCCAGGGUAUGCCCCUCCACUAUUUUGGGAUUUCAACCAGGAGACGCAUUCAUGAUCCGCAAUGUUGCUAAUUUGGUUCCUCGCUUUGAGAAUGGACCCACAGAAACAAAUGCUGCAUUAGAAUUUGCGGUAAACUCCCUUUUGGUUGAGAACAUCUUAGUCGUUGGCCACAGCUGCUGUGGAGGUAUACGCGCCCUUAUGAGUAUGCAAGACGAUGGCACUACAGGCUUUAUAAAAAGUUGGGUUGUCAAUGGAAAGAAUGCAAAAGUAAAAACCAAGGCUGCUGCUUCCAACCUCGAUUUUGAUAGCCAGUGCAAACAUUGUGAGAAGGAAUCAAUUAACCAUUCCUUAGUAAACCUACUUAGUUACCCUUGGAUCAAAGAAAAGGUGGAGAAUGAAGAACUCUCUAUUCAUGGUGGUUACUAUGACUUUAUUGACUGUUCAUUUGAGAAAUGGACAUUGGACUACCGGAGAACCAAACUGGAAGAAAAUGGCAAAAUUGCUACAAAAAAUAAAAUCUUUUGGUCUUGAGUUUUUGCUUCUAUUUUCCUCAUUGAUAUUCCAGUUUGUUUGCCUGAAAUUUAUAUUUCUAAUAGGACUUUAAAAGCAUAGAUUGAUUAAUGUAGUUUUUGUACCGUUCAUAAAAUAUUGUAACUUAAGUAAUUUGAACAAACCCCAAACAUUUGGUGUGUCUGUUUAUUUGUGCUUUCUGAAAAACUUCAAGUUAUAAUACAUACCACGAGUAUUUUAGCCAGUACUGAAAAAA